CAGUCUUGUACGGUUGUACUGGCUCCUCCCCUUCAGUCUUUUGCAGUUGUACAGGCUCCUCCCCUUCAGUCUUGCACAGGUAUACCAGCUCCUCCCCUUCAGUCUUGCACAGGUAUACCAGCUCCUCCCCUUCAGUCUUGCACAGGUGUACCGGCUCCUCCCCUUCAGUCUUGCACAGGUGUACUGGCUCCUCCCCUCCAGUCUUGCACAGGUGUAGCGGCUCCUCCCCUCCAGUCUUGCACAGGUGUACCAGCUCCUCCCCUUCAGUCUUGCACAGGUGUACCGGCUCCUCCCCUUCAGUCUUGCACAGGUGUACCGGCUCCUCCCCUUCAGUCUUGCACAGGUGUACAGGCUCCUCCCCUUCAGUCUUGCACAGGUGUACCGGCUCCUCCCCUUCAGUCUUGCACAGGUGUACUGGCUCCUCCCUUCAGUCUUGCACAGGGUGUACCGGCUCCUCCCCUUCAGUCUUGCACAGGUGUACCGGCUCCUCCCCUUCAGUCUUGCACAGGUGUACCGGCUCCUCCCCUCCAGUCUUGCACAGCAGUCUAUGCAUGCGUUACUUUCACAAUCGGUGAGUCUGAAUCACAAUGAUAUGACCACUUUAAUAGGGUGUGACU